CUGAUAAGAUCAUUGAUAAAGAAAACAAACGUUAAUCCCGGUGAGGAGUAGAGAAUGUGUGGUAAAAGAACUAAAAUUGAUGUAAUAGUUAGUACAUAUAAUUAAUAUUUUUGAUAAUUUGGCUGAAAACGGAUCCGCAAUAGCUCAAUAAGUACGUUGUUUCAAGUAUUCGUUGAGCAGAAUCACAUUCGUAGUCCAAAAUGUCACACGUACGUUGGUCGAGAGACGAACACUCUCCGGACCGUUGGGAAUUCUACUACAAACAUCGUGAUUUAAAACCUUCGCCCGGACCCAUGACUGUAGCUGGAGAAUAUUCCAAAUGUCACGACGUAUCUGUAAAAGUUGGGGAAGCGAUUUAUCCUAUGAAUCGCUUACAACUAGCUCUAGUAUCCAACUACUUCGAGAAAUUAUUCGUCGAGGGUUUCGUCGAGAAAGAUCGCGAGCUUGUGGAAAUUCAUGCUUUUGACAGCAACACGUUCUCUGCCAUAAUCGACGUAAUUAAUGGAAAAGAUCUCAAGUCGCUUAUAAAUGCCGACACUUACGUUUCAUUGCUAGUAGCCAUGGAUUACCUGCAAAUGAAAAUCAAUUUGGAACCAUUCAAAGAGUUCAUGAAAGCGUACAUUGUAGAACACGAUAUGCCUUUUGAUACUCAAAUGCUCGAAUUGUAUAGAUUAAUUGCUACGAAUCGAGAUUUCAAAGAUCUGAAGUUCUAUCUUUAUUCCUAUUUAUCAUGUCAUUUCACGGAUUUCGUAAAUUAUCCAGAAUUUCUGAGUUUACCUCUCGAUGAUCUCAUUGAUAUUAUCAAAAUUCAAAAAGGCGUACGCAGAUCGUCGGGUUCCGAUGAGAUGAAUAUAAUCAGUCAAGUUUGUGUGAAAUGGAUCCUUCACGAUGUUGAAAAACGACUGAAUAAUUUUGUGAAACUGGUGAACGCUACGAAUUAUAGGCUACAUCGGUUUUCAUAUCGAAUAAAUACUGAUUGCGUCAACGCUAGAUUGAAUAAUAUGGAAGGUGAUAGAAAAGAAGAAGAAAUCCGAAGAUAUUUUUGCCAGUUAUUGAAUUAUGGUGGAGAAAUUUAUCCUGAUGACUCUGAAGAUCCAGGUAUAGACGUAGGCUUACCGGCCAGAAAAAUAUCUCACAAACUUAAUAGGAUUGAUGUGAAAGAAAAAUUGGCCAAGAUCCUGGAAAACGGAUAUUUGUGCGAUGUGACGAUUGAAGCGGGUGAAAAAACAUAUGAACUUCAUCAGUGCGUGCUGAAAACGGCGUCGAGUUAUUUUGCAGAUCUUUUUUCAGCUAAAAACUGCGAACCAUCCUCAAUCCAUGAAGAUAAAGGUAAAAGAUAUGUGAUAAAUAUUGAUGAAAAUACUUUCGACUCCAUUGUUAAGUUCAUGUAUUUCGAUGAUAUUUCGUUGAAUGCAUUCGAGCAAUCUAUGAAAAUACUGAGAGCGGGAAAGAUUUUAAAAAUCAAUACACUAAUAAAAAAAAGUUUAUCUUGGAUGGAAAGUAACGCGAAAGAUUUGAGCAUCGAAGAUAUUCUCCAAAUAUUGGAUUUUGUUGUAGGAGAUGACUCAUUCGAUGGUGAAGAGCUUAAUCGAAUUUCUAAACUGGCUUGCAAAAUUUUAGUUUCUAGAACAAUUAAAAACUUGACGUAUGAUAUUAUUCGUCGUAUAUGGAAAGUUGAUAAAAUCUUGAAAAGUGGUACUUUAACGAGUAGUUGCGUACUGUGGAUGAAGGAUAAUUUUCAGACGUCGUACAUCAAAGAUAUUAUUGAAAUUUUGUACGAAGUACAGGAGGAAGAAAGUCUGAGCUGGUUGCUUAAUAACUUGGGUGCUGGACAACCUGAUAAUAUUUUUCAAGUAUUGUGUGCCAGCGAAAACCUGGAGUUUGACAAAUUAACGAAUCGGUGCAUGAAAUGGUUUAUGGAAAACCAAUCUGCACGGACGGAAGAAACUAUUACCAAGUUAUUGGAUUUUACCCGAGGAAAAGAGAAGUUCGAUCGUGAACAUGAACUUCUUUUUUGCGAGCGCAUGGUUGCCACAUGGCCUAAUAUAGACGAAUCGCAAUUCUGCACAAUUUCCUACACUAUGCUGCAGAAUUUGCUUACGUUACCGAAUUUCUUUCCGAAAAAUCCCUCCGAAAUCCUGGAUGUUUGCGCGAAAUGGAUCGUUCACGAUGUAGAAAAUCGGUAUCGUUUGAUACCUAGAAUCGCCUUUGGUAUAAAUCGUAAUUGUACGGUGAAUCCCGAUGAUAAUAAAAUUACUGAAACUCUGCAAGAUUUGGAUAACUGCUCACAGCAGUCGAUUAAAGAUAAAUUAUGGGAAACACUAUCUUCAACUUCAUUAGUUCCUCAUUGUAACGAUACCACGAAUCUGGCUCUCGAAGAAAUCCCAGUAUUUAUUUCAUCGUAUACUGGAAGGGAUGUCAAGGAAUUUGGAUGUGAUGUUUUGGACGCCGAGUUGAACGUAAUUACAUCAUUGAAGUCACUCAGAUUUCAUUACGAGUCUAGUCUUGGUGCAAUGUGUCCAUUAACAGCAGCUCUAAUCAAGGAUAAUUUAUUUGUGCUUUGUAAUAACUAUUUUAUUUGUACAUCUGAAUUCUUUGUUUACAAUUUAUCCUCGAAGAAAUUCUACGCUUUGGGCGGAAUUCCCCGAAUUCGUUCGCCCGGAAAGAGCACGUUAUUAAAUUGCAACAACCAAGUGUACUGUUGUUCCAGCGAAGAAAAUGAUAUAAUGAGAUACUCCAUCGAAUUGAAUCGAUGGGAAGUGAUUUUUAAUGCGGAAAUCGAAGUGGUACGAAACGAUGAUUUCAAAAAUACGGUUCGUUAUACCAGUGAUGGAGCGAACCUAUACAGAGUUUUCAGUAUUUUACCUCUCAUGGGAUCACGUUUUGCUUGCAAAUAUGUUGUACAAACAUGGAAUUUCAACCAAGGUAGAUGGAUUCAGCUACCAGAUCUGCCUAAUUCGUCAGCUUUUAUUCAAGUUGGUGCCACGCUGACCAACAUUAAAAAUGGUAUUGCCGUAUUAUUUCAGUCUGUUGUGUUUUUGUUCGAUCUGCAAUCACAAUCCUGGCGGCGUGUUUCACUUCCUUUCAGACCUGAAACUGAUUAUGGUUGGUGGGUUUCAUUCAUUACUCAUUAUGAUGACGGCCUGCUGUAUGCGUGUGAUGGUAACAUAUUUCAAUUGCAUGAUCUGCAAGGAGAAUGGGUAUUGAAAAACAAUCCACAAUACGGCUUUGUUAAUAAAAGAUGUGAUAUGGCGCUCAUUCAUCGCUGCGUUAACGAAACAUGCUCCGCUGUCAAGCUGUCUGAUGAAAAGAAAAGAGAAAAAAUUCCAGUUGACCUCAGUUGUAAGAAACCUUGUCUUUCGACAUCUUGAGAUUACCUACUUGAUAAUGUAGCUUCGACUGUGAACUCGUAUACCUAUGUACUUGUUCUUCAAUCUUCUAACUCUGUUAUCUAGUAGGUAUAUAUAUAGGUAUGUAUUAUGUUAACAUAGGUAAUGUGUUCAUUAUUAUCUGGAUUAAUAAAUUCUUUCUUUCUUGUA